GGUCCGGGCCCGGCGCCUCCCGUCCGGGCGCAGGCGCCACCGGCGCCACCGUGAGUCCGCGGCGGAGGGUUGCCCGCCCGGGGACGGCGGUUCCAUGCGCUGCCAGGUCUCGGUGCUGUAUUUCGCCAGGAGCGCAGAGCUGGCGGGGCUGCGCUGCGAGACGCUCUCGGUGCCGCGGCAGAUCACCUCUCUGCAGCUCUGGGAGGAGAUCGUCAGGCUUCACCCCAGGAGUACGUGCUUCUUGGAGAUCAGCUCCUGGUCCUGCAGCCUGGAGACGAGGUUGCCAUUAUCCCACCAAUUAGUGGAGGCUGAAUCUGCUCAGCGAACUAUGGAUGAAAGCGAAGAUGUGCCAAAAGAUUUUAUCAAGCUCAAAUCUGAAAAGCUCUCUGUAGAUGAAGUGUCAGAGCUGGUUAUUUCACCGUACUGUGGGGCAGUGUCUCUGUUCAUUGGUACUACAAGAAAUAAUUUUGAAGGAAAAAAAGUGAUUCGCUUAGAAUAUGAAGCAUAUACUUCAAUGGCAGAGACCGAAAUAAAGAAAAUCUGCAGAGAUGUUAGACAGAAAUGGCCAUCAGUCAAACAUAUUGCAGUGCACCAUAGACUUGGUGUGGUUCCAAUAACUGAAGCAAGUGUAAUUAUUGCAGUCUCCUCUCCACACAGAACAGAAUCCCUUGAAGCUGUAAUGUACUGCAUCAAUACCUUAAAAGCAUCCGUCCCAAUAUGGAAAAAGGAGAUUUAUGAGGACGAAUAUUCUUGGAAAGAAAACAAGGAAUGCUUUUGGGCAAAUUCAGAAAAAUAACUGUACUCUCUUAAAAAUAAAAUGUUACUGUUCCUAAUGAGCAUACUUGUUUAGCUUUGAGUUGUUUUUACAGAGAAUCUAUAUGUUUUUAAGUAGCUGUAAUAGACAUUUCAAUCUGAAUAAUUUAGUUAGGACUGAAUGAAAUAAAUGAGUAAGAAUUAGGGUUUUUAAGUGUUCUUGACUCUCCUUUGAAGUCAUCUCUUUGUGCAUUUUAACACGGAGUCAGUUUUUAAAACAAUCUUCCCUAAAAUUUUUGGUUGCAAGGUGUUUAGUCCACUGUGAUAUAUACUAUUUUAAUGCCUUUAAAUUGGUAGUCUGUGUUCACUGUCUGCAUGGGAGGUCACAACAGGCGAAUUGGAUUUUUCUUAAUCUUAAAGAAAGUCCUGAGUGGUUUAAUUUAAUAUGACAUAGAAUCAAUUCACAAGCUUUAUGCUAUUCUGACAUUCUUGUAACAUGAAAGCUACUUGAAGUAGAUUAAACAUUUUGGUACAGACAGAGAAGAAAAUACAAACUGUACCCCAGAGUUAUUAACUUUUUAGUAGUGGUUACGUUCCAGUAGCUCUGUCUCACAGAGACACUUUUACUGUGCAGCUGAUAUUACAAGUCCAUUGCAUUAAAAAAAAAUGGACAUACCUUGAUUCAAAAUUAGAUCUAAUACUCCACCAGCAACAAACUUGCAUUAGCAAUAACACACAAACCUGUAACUACUUAAUGAUGUCUAGACAUGAUUAAUUUUGAAGAAGCUUUUUUGGCUGUGUACUUGUAUGGUGCUGCAGAAAAAAAAAGCUAGCUAUUAUUACAAAUAGACAACUAUAAGUUUAAUUAGUUUUAGUAGUUUGACUUUAGAGAUGUUAGGAUUCGAAGUCCUAGAAAGGGCUUAGUUUUUCAAAGGAAGUGAGUCCGUUGAACUUUUUGCAGUUUAUAUAUGCAUUUAUAUUCACAUUUAUGUUUUUAAUACAGUUUUUCUCUUGUUACUGUUUUGAAACCUAGUUAAAAGAGAGAAAGACUGACAUAGUAUGACUAUGCUCCCACUGGAAACAAUGGGCUGCUCAUCUGAGUAAGAUCAUUUUAUUUAUAUUACUGUACUGUGCCAUGAUAGUGUUUAGAUGCUAAGAGUUCAAAGUCCCAUUGUGUAUGGCAUUUUUACUAAUGCUGAGAGGCAGGUUUAUCUAGUCAUCAUUAUCAGUAUAGACAAGAUAGAUCUAAAGCAAGGAAAAUGAGGUAAAGAAAAGUAAAAUUAUUUGCUCAAGUUUGUAUAUCAUCACAUCACAGAACACUAAAGCCUCAGCUGUAUAAUGCAUUUCAUUGUGUUUGCAGUAAAAUCUACAAACAGCUGCUAGCUGCACAAAACAAAAUGAGAAAAACAGGGGAUGAUCUUUUUUCCCCCAGUGAUCUCAAUCAGUUUUAACAUUAGUGAUGGUUACUGUAUCUGGAUUGAGUAAAUCCCAAUGAAACAUACAACUUCAGGCAGAAGCAUGGUUAAACUGUGCGUGUUAACUUACUAAUGCACUUCCCUCAAUGGAAGUGAGCGAGUCCCUCCUCUGCAGGACAGCAGCUGCUCCUUGUGUGCUUACACAUACGCAGCCUCCAAACCACGUGGGCCCUAUUACCUAGGCAGGGCUGAGCAAGUUCGAGGUUGAAUUUUCCUUUGCUUUGGAGGUUGGAGAGGAGCCCUCUGCCAUUUGAAUGUCAUUUUUACCAGGAGUUGUACAGAAUCCUGAGUACAGAUCACUUCCUCUGUCAAAUAAUUCUUUUUGUUUUUAGAGAAGAACGCAAUACAUAAACUUUCCCAUUUUUGGUGUUCAUUUUUCCACGUUCAUGUUUGCUGUUACCAUGCAACUAAUUAGUGUAUUAAUUUCACAAAAAUAAAUGGCUAGCUUGCCUUGUA